UUGCACAAACACAAAGUUCUGGUCCACAAACAAGUACAACACCUCAGGUAUUGAGCCCCACUAUUGCAUCUCCCCCAAACGCACUGCCUCGAAGAAGUUCACGACUCUUUACUAGUGACAGCUCCACAACCAAGGAGAAUAGCAAAAAAUUAAAAAUGAAGUUUCCACCUAAAAUCCCAAACAGAAAAACAAAAAGUAAAACCAACAAAGGAGGAAUAACUCAACCUAACAUAAAUGAUAGCCUGGAAAUUACAAAAUUGGACUCUUCCAUCAUUUCAGAAGGGAAAAUAUCCACAAUCACACCUCAGAUUCAGGCUUUUAAUCUACAAAAAGCAGCAGCAGGUUUGAUGAGCCUUCUUCGUGAAAUGGGGAAAGGUUAUUUAGCUUUGUGUUCAUACAACUGCAAAGAAGCUAUAAAUAUUUUGAGCCAUCUACCUUCUCACCACUACAGUACUGGUUGGGUACUGUGCCAGAUUGGAAGGGCCUAUUCUGAACUUUCAGAGUACAUGCAAGCUGAAAGAAUAUUCUCAGAGGUUAGAAGGAUUGAGAAUUACAGAGUUGAAGGCAUGGAAAUCUACUCUACAACACUUUGGCAUCUUCAAAAAGAUGUUGUUCUUUCAGUUCUGUCAAAAGACUUAACAGACAUGGAUAAAAAUUCGCCAGAGGCCUGGUGUGCUGCAGGGAACUGUUUCAGUCUGCAACGGGAACAUGAUAUUGCAAUUAAAUUCUUCCAGAGAGCUAUCCAAGUUGAUCCAAAUUAUGCUUAUGCCUAUACUCUGUUAGGGCAUGAGUUUGUCUUAACUGAAGAAUUGGACAAAGCAUUAGCUUGUUUUCGAAAUGCUAUCAGAGUUAAUCCUAGACAUUAUAAUGCAUGGUAUGGUUUAGGAAUGAUUUAUUACAAGCAAGAAAAAUUCAGCCUUGCAGAAAUGCAUCUCCAAAAAGCACUUGAUAUCAACCCUCAAAGUUCAGUUUGCCACAUUGGAGUAGUUCAACAUGCACUGAAAAAAUCAGAGAAGGCUUUGGAUACCCUAAACAAAGCCAUUGUCAUUGACCCCAAGAACCCUCUAUGCAAAUUUCACAGAGCCUCAGUUUUAUUUGCAAAUGAAAAAUAUAAGUCUGCUUUACAAGAACUUGAAGAAUUGAAACAAAUUGUUCCCAAAGAAUCCCUCGUUUACUUCUUAAUAGGAAAGGUUUACAAGAAGUUAGGUCAAACGCACCUCGCCCUGAUGAAUUUCUCUUGGGCUAUGGAUUUAGAUCCUAACGGAGCCAAUAACCAGAUUAAAGAGGCAAUUGAUAAGCGCUAUCUUCCAAAUGAUGAGGAGCCAAUAACCCAAGAAGAACAGAUCAUGGGAACAGAUGAAUCCCAGGAGAGCAGCAUGACAGAUGCGGAUGACACACAACUUCAUGCAGCUGAAAGUGAUGAAUUUUAACUUCUGGAAAUCGGACUUUUACAACUGGAUGUGUAACUAGUGCUGACAUGUUUCUUGUCCCUCCAUAUACUGAGUCUUUACUCUUGAGCCGGCGAUGUCAUCAUCCAUCACUUAUACCAUGAGUGUGCCACUUUCAUUGGACCCUGACUGUAUACGGAAUGAAAGGCAGUGCAAUAUUUAGCUGCUCACAAGACUGGCUCUUUUACCAGUAUGAAUGACAAUUUAUGGGGGGUAGGGUGGGGAACUUUCUUUUCUGUUUUUCUUUAAUCUCCCUUUGUUGGAAAGUAUCAUGAAAGGAAGAGUUAUGUUUUAUCUUGAAGGAACCAUUAGAUAUGGAAAAUAGUGAUGAACCAGAAUUUCUUGGUUGCUUUCUCAAAAAUGUGUUUUUAUUUGGUUCUGUUCCUGAUAAACAGAGUAACUGACCUUCAUUUCUAGGUUCUUCAAGAAUGGUGUUUGCAAGUGCCAGAUGGAACAAUAAAAGACGUUGCCUAUAACAGUAACUUGAUUGCCAAGGAAUGUAAAUUACCUUCAACUUGCAGUGUCUCCCAUAAACAAAUGUAAUGGGCAUAUUGGGACUCGUAUGUAGGAAUCAAAUAUCCCUCCAUACAGUGUACACUUAUUCUUGGCAAGAAUGCUUUAAUGUCUAACCAAGAAUUUUAAUUUAUUCAUCUUGCUUCAAAGUGUUGAUCAUUGUUGUCUUGGUAUUGCAAACUUUAAAAUUGGUUAUACCAUAUUGCCUCUUCUCUUUGAGCUCUGUGGGAUCACCUUUAACAUUCAGAGAUGAUAGAGUGGUUCCCCACUGAGAAGCCAAAACAAGGCCCUUAAUAAUCCCUUAAGUUCACCAUAUCAAUCAGAAUGAGAACACUAAAGUGGACAGACUUUAAGAGAUCAUGAUAGUGAAAGCCUUAAUAUAAUCAGAAUUGUACCAUAACCUUGAAUCUAUAUUUGUUCAAAACAUUAUCCCUUUGACUUUUCUAAGUGUUUGCUUAAGCAGAGUAUAAGAAUGUGCGGUUACCUUUGGUUGAGAUCCUUUCCAUUCUUUUUGACUCUCUGCUUCAGAUUUUUUCAGUAGUGUGAGUCACCAAAACAUUUACUAAGAAUUGGGUUUAGGAUAUUGGAAAUUUUUAGCUUAGGGGAAGAAACAUUCUUAAGAAGGAAAUAGGUUCUCUUCUGAGUUUGUCAUAAUAUCGGUUGGUGUCUUUGGGAAAUGACCACAAUUUUAAGAAUUUAAUUAUGCAUAUAAAUUGAUAAUUAUUGGAAUUCCACCGUAACAGAUUUAAACAGUCUUAAAUUGUUUAUCUCCUUUAUUGUAAUGUAUUGAAAUAUUAGAGAAACUUUAGUUGUUAACAUUUUAUUAAGUGCCAAUGUCAGAAUAUAACAAAUUAUAGUUUCUUUUGAAUGACAGGCCUACAGUUAUUAUUUUGGAUUAUUUGAUGAAGGACAAACUUACCUGUAUUUGUUAGUCAAGCUGUGAAAAUAAGGUGGAUUACAAAAGAUGUGAAAAAAAUUGUAGCCUGUAGACUCAGUAAUUUUCUAUAAUUUACUGUUAAUCUCAUUUGAAUAUGGAUUAGGUACAAUUAUAAAUUAAUUCAAGUCAGGGUCUUUAGGUAUCAGGUGCCAGAGAGAUAUUUAACAGAUUUCCCUACCUUAAUUUAUGUAUACUGUCUAAAAAAAUACUAAAUAUGUAUUACUGUCUAAAAAAAUACUUUUUAAAAAAAAGGAACAGUUGGGAGAAAAUAAAUAUAAUGAAAAAUUCCCAGAGGCUAGCACUUGGAUUCUAACGCGUAUGCUAUUGUAUUAUCCAUUAGUUCUGUAAUAUUUAAUUUUAGAUUCUUUUAUAUUUUUAAUUGGCAAAGCACAAGGUGCUGUGUAACAGUGUCAUUUAGAGUUUUAUAGAAAGCUUCAACCUGAGUUCUGCGUUUUAAAGCCUGGAGAAAGCUAAGCUUAGAACAUAAUUUGCUGAAGUAUAAUUAUCUUUUUGUAGUAGGAAUUUAUGUCCUGUGCCACAAGUGAGAGUCUUUCUGGUACUGAUUUUUUGAGACCAAGGAUAAAAGGAUCGUUUUGUAAGACACGCCAUGGCAAUCAAUGGCUGGCUGGGGGACAGUUUCCGCCCAAGCUUGGCCUAUUUUAUUUUUCCUCAUACCUACUUUUAAAAUUAUUAGGUAUCUGAAGCCUUAUUUCCCACCUAGUAACACUUUCUGGCUUUUGCGGUUUCUUUUUUUUGUUUUGUUUUUUGCAUGGAAUGGGGAUCAAACAACCAGAAGAAGAACACAUUUUGAUCAAGCAAAAUGUUUGUUUCAAACAUCAGAAGUUUAUUUUACAGAAAUUAAAUUAAGUAGUUUGACAUCCUUUUCUCUGUUUCACACACAUAUUAGGUUGGUGCAUAAGUAAUUGUGGUUUUUGCCAUGACUUUUAUGGCAAAACCUGCAGUUACUUUUGUACCAACCUAAUACAUAUAUAUGUGCACACACUUGCUCAGAAGCUAUGUUGUGGCCUUGGAUUUGUUUUUCCCCUUGGAAAUGGUUCUUAACUCUGGGAUUUUAGAAGGUUAGAAUAUUUUUUCAAGAGAACAGUGGUACUCAAAAUAAUGAAAGGUGGUCCCUACAUUUUCUGUAUUCAUCACUUAAAUUUUUUUAUUUUUCCAAGAACUACAAGUAACAUUUGAACCAUGCUGCUGUUGUACCUUAAACAAAAACUCAGUGAUAACCAGUAUUUAGUCUAUUAAAAAUGCUCUUUUUGAAGAAAACAGUUUGGAAGUCUCUGAUUAGCCAGAGUAUAGUAUGAGUCUUCACUGAGAAAUACGGUGACCCAUUUUCUUUGUGAAAACCUGGGAAAAUGCAAGUGUGGGUGUGAAGUGUGUGUUCUGUUUGCAUUGAAACAAUGUAAUUUUGUGUCUUCUUUUUGCUUUAACUGACUUAUUUCAGAAAUUGUACAGUCUUGAGGGGGAAAGUCUUUUCUGUUAAUAUAUUUGCAAUUCAUUAAAGGAUAUGGAAAAUCCAAA